UCCUUCCCUUCUUCAUCCUCUUCAUUGCCAUUCCUCUCUCAUCUCAACUCUAUUUCCUCAAUCCUCACUUGUCUCCUACUCCAUAGUUUUCUCUUGCACCCAAACUUCCUUCAUUUUGAUAUAGACAUACACACAAUGUGCAGCUCCAAGGCUAAAACAUGCCCGGCUGUUGAUGGCAAUCCAGUUGUGGAUGGCCGUCCAGUCCUCCAACCGACUAGUAACCGUGUUCCGACCUUGGAACGGCGUAAUUCACUCAAGAAGGCCUCCCCAAAGUCUCCGGCACCGCCUCCGGUGACUCUUACCACCACCACUACUAGAACCAAGACUUCAUCAUCCCCUCCUAUUUCUCCCAAGCCCAAGUCUCCUAGACCCCUAGUGCACACUAGAGGGAAUGAUCCAAAUGGGCUGAACUCAAGCAUUGACAGGGCAUCAUCAACACCUCCAUGUGCACCCAAGCCUGCAACCUUAGAGAGGAAGAAGUCAAAGAAAUUCUCAGUUGGUGCAAUUGCUCCUCAUCCUAUUGAGCAGUCAUGUGCAUUGAAUUAUCCUUCUUACUUGCUACUCGAAUCUCCCGGAAGCAUAGCUGCGGCGAGGAGGGAGCAAGUGACAAUUCAACAAGCUCAGAGAAAGAUGAAAAUUGCCCAUUAUGGAAGAUCGAAGUCAGCCAAGUUUGAAGGCAAGGUGGGAAACUUUGAUUCUUCUCCAAAUACUACCACUAAAGAAGAGAAGAGAUGUAGCUUUAUAACAUCUAAUUCAGAUCCUCUUUAUGUUACUUACCAUGAUGAGGAAUGGGGAGUUCCUGUCCAUGAUGACAAGCUGCUGUUUGAACUAUUAGUAUUAAGUGGAGCACAAGUUGGAUCAGAUUGGACUUCAAUCUUGAAGAAACGCCAAGAUUUCAGGGAAGCUUUUGCAGGAUUUGAAGCAGAGAUUGUCGCCAAUUUCACUGAGAGACAAAUUACAUCUAUCACUGCCGAUUACUGCAUUGAUUUAACCAGAAUUCGAGGUGUUGUGGACAAUGCUAACCGUAUUCUUGAGGUCAAAAGGGAUUUUGGGUCGUUUGAUAAGUAUAUAUGGGGAUUCAUCAACCACAAACCCAUAGCUACUCAAUACAAAUCAUGCCUUAAGAUCCCGGUGAAGACGUCGAAAUCAGAGACCAUCAGUAAAGACAUGGUUAGGAGGGGUUUCAGGUCUGUUGGGCCUACCGUCAUCCACUCGUUCAUGCAAGCCGCUGGUCUCACCAAUGACCACUUGAUGAGCUGUCCACGUCACCUCCAAUGCACGGCAUUAGACACAUCCAACCGGUCCACCGUGGCCCCUGCUCUAUAGAAUCAAAUCACAUAACUAUUAAUAUAACCACAGGAGCCCAUCACUGCCCAAAGCCCAAAAUGUGUUCUAACUAUUUUUUAGUUUGAAUGGUAGUUGUAUAGUAUUAAAGGAGAUAGAAAAAAGGGAUUUUAAAAAAAUAUAUAUAGAGAGAGGCUUGUGAGUUUUGAAUUGUAAUUUGUGACUUGUGAGAUGCUGUGAGAUUUUUUAAACGACAGUGAUUGUUCAGGAAUGGAUGGAUGGAUAGAGGAAAGUGAUUAGAGAAGAGAGAAGGAAAUUAAAGGAUGGAGUAUAUAUUGUGGUGGGGGGAAACAGAGAGCAUGUGCAUAUGGCAGGCAUGACAUGUGUUGGGUGUCAGAGAUUUUCAUUCCAUGUGAGCUGUGACCACCUACUCAUUAUUCCCUACCCUUUAACAGGCUGUGUGUGAAGGAUAUUGAUAACCAAAGCAGGACCAUUCCUUCCUUCCUUCUUAUUCUCCACUUUCCUUUUCCUUAUUAAGGGUUAAGUAUGGCCCUUAAUCUUUCCCACUACUAUAUGUUGAUUUCCUAACACCUGUAGCUUUGUAGGGGAGGAGAUACUAAUAACAUAUCUUCCCCUGUUUCAUGGAUUUGCUGUGGAGUUUUUUUUUUUUCUUUUCCCCUGGGGAGUGUUUGUUUGUAAAUUUGGCAUGUGGGUUCUGUACUGUUUGCUCACCUGAUAUACUUUUUAAAUGUUAACAGCUUAAGAUAGGUAUCUUGUUCCAA